CCAUGAAUCCGAAAAUCUAAAGACCUAAUAACUGUAAUAGCCUAUUUCAUUCGUCCUCUCCCCGGAUUAAAAGUCGAGCUGGGUCAUUAUUGGGUCAACCUCGCAAAAUCGUGUCGUUUAAAUGUUUACACUCUCAAGUGGUCUCCUGUCAGAAACACAUUUAGCCUUUUAUUUUGCAUUAAUCAUUUUUGACGUAGUUGUUAUUAGCAGUGGCUAGCUGCUUGGCGAACAGCCGUGUACAGACCACAACGCAGUUCAACGAAGUGAGAUGCUAUUGACCCACACAAGGGUACCAAUGCAAAGUUGAGCUGCAAUUGUAGGUAAAAUAAACAUUUGCAGUCGACUUUUAGGUGAAAUGUCAAAUGUGUUUAAUGGCUUCAUAACAAAGUUCGGGGGUGUAAUUUUCGAGUAAUCUGUUACGUGCAAACUUGCAGCAGAUUUGUCGUCCUCCCGAGUUAGAUUCCAGAACAGAGCAGAAGCUAACAACUGUGAGGUUAUUAGCCGUUCAGCUAAACCCACAAGCAAAAGCAGGCAGACGAUAGAGGCAGUCAAUAGAUUCACUUCAUGAACCCAAGGAUCCCUUUUCGGGGCUUGUUGAAGACUUGUCUUGGAGCCUAGAAAUCCCCCGACAGCUUACGAUCACUUGACACAGCCUCAGUUUGGUGGUUCGCUUGCUAACCAUGGCAUUAUUAUCCAUCUUGUUUAAGAGCUAGCUAGCAGCCUUGCCUUCCGCCGACGUGCACUUCCCCCACUCUCCCUCCAGCCGGCGAGCCGCAGCGAUAGUCCGCUACAGAAAAUGAAGCGACCAGCAGCAUUUCGGGAGGCUGUGUGGCUAUUUGGAUUUUGCUGAUGUAUGAGGAGACGUUAGUGCUUUUUUGAGAUCUCUGUCAAGGAGGUCAAAAUCAGUGCGGGGUAUGGACGAGCAGAAAUCAAACUGCGAGGAGAAUGACUCUGAACCAACAGCUGAUGACAAUGCUCCUUCAAAGCAGCCUGUCUCCUCGGAAGAGGAGCCCAAAGCCCCUCCUGCUGCUGAGGACAUGUCAGGUGCUACGGCAGCCUCUGCUAGUCCACCUAUAGAAAACAUCCGAGCAUGUGUGCUUUGCAACUGUGUGGAGCGGAGCCUGCAUGGACAGAGGGAACUGAGGCAUUUUGGGCCAUUUUCUGAGCAGCAAACCCUCAAGCCAUCACCUUCCCCACUGCCACAGCCUGGGAACGAUGACCUGUCUUCCAUUGGAUUUUCCCACUCCCCCAGUUUGGCAGCACUUUUUGAUGACUCAGGGGGUUGUUGGGUUCAUCACUGGUGUGCGGCUUGGUCGGAGGGAGUAAAGCGGCUGGAGAAUGAGGAGCUGGAGAAUGUGGAUAAGGCCGUUAUCUCAGGGACACAGCGGCUCUGCGAAUACUGCAAAAGACUGGGUGCAACCAUUCGAUGCCAUGCUGAGGGCUGCUCACGGUUCUACCACUUCCCCUGCUCGGCAGCCAGUGGAUCCUUCCAAUCCAUGAAGCAGUUGGUCCUCCUCUGUCCAGAGCACAUAGAUAAGGCAGAGGAGUUGGCAGGUGAAGAGUCUUGGUGUUCAGUGUGUGAUUCUGCAGGAGAGCUCACAGACUUGCUGUUCUGUACGGGAUGUGGCCUACAUUAUCAUGCUGCCUGUCUGGAGAUUGGUGCCACGCCCAUCCAACGGGCAGGAUGGCAGUGCCCAGAGUGUAAAGUGUGCCAGACUUGCAGGCAACCAGGGGAAGACUCCAAAAUGUUGGUUUGCGAUGCCUGUGAUAAGGGCUAUCACACCUUCUGUCUCCAGCCGGCCAUGGAUUGUCUUCCCUCUGACCUAUGGAAAUGCAGAAGAUGUCGUGUAUGUACGGAGUGUGGUGCUCGUGGACUAGUGCUGCCAGGUUCGGCCCAGUGGUAUGACAAUUAUGCCGUGUGUGAGGGCUGCCAACGUCACCGCAGCACUAUGUGCGGCGUGUGCAGCAAAGCUGCCAACCCAUCUGUCACUCUGCAGUGCUGCAGCAUUUGCCACAGGUGGAUGCACAGUGAGUGUUCUUUACCAGGGGAACAUCCGGAAGCAAAGUGCAUUUGCCUGCUUUGCAAGGAGGAUCAGCAGCAGCAGCCUGUCACUCAACCUUAUAAUGCAGAGUUACAAACCAGAGAGGUGUCUGAAGAGACUGUUGGACAUGUGGACUUGGUGGAGAUGACAAUCCAAACAGAUGCAGACAUGGUGACAGAAGAGCACACAGACUCUACACAUACACAAGGAAAGAGAGGCAAAUCAGAGCUGGACCCAGGUGAAGAAACAACUGACGGAGAGUCACCCAUGGACUUGGGGUUGGAGUCUGCACUUGUUAAGACAUCAGCUGUUGGGGAAAAAAUCAUGCAAGAAGACCUGAAGGCAGCAUCUGAAGAACUGGCUUCUGAGGAGCUUGCUGCUUCUAGUGAGUCUAAAGAACCCGCAACAGCAGAACAGGGGGCCUCUUGUCUACCUGCUGAUGAGGAGAGAGCAGAAGAUGCAGUCAACCAUGUAUCCCAAGCAAAGUUGUAUUCCAGCGACCCUUUAGAAGAAGGGACAUUGCUGUCACAGCAGAGCCUGGAAAAUAUGGAGGUGGAGAAAGAGGAGGAAAAACAAGAGGCCACUCCCUCAGCAGAGCAGAAAGUAUUGCCUGAGUUGAUAAACAGUGGCUCUGAUGGCAUGUCUUCUGCAGAAACAUUAAGUAAGGAUCCACCAAAUUUACCAGUCCCUGUGGACAAAACCGAACAUUUGCCCAUGGCUAACCAGCUGGAAAGAAAUCCAUGCCACAGUCCCCAGUCCCCCUCUCCUCUUUCUUUAUCAUUGGAUACUCGGGAGGCCCUCUCUGCCGUGGACAUGGAAGGGAGGUCACUACCUCAGUCUGAAGAGGAUGAUGAGGAAGAGGAGGACGAUGACCUGUUAAAAGAUGGACAUAAUGAGGACAUAAAGCAAGAACUGCAGGAGCAUGAUGUCAAGCCAGAAUUGCUGCUAGAUGAGAUGUCCAACAUGAGCCAUGGAGAUGAGAGCAGUAGUGGUUUUUUGGGCUCUCCAGGGGAGCCUGAUCCUCAGCUCUCCAUGGACCUUGACCUUGUUCCUGCUGGCCGUUCUCACACGGAUAACCUGCUUACUGAGACUGAUGACUCACUGCCCUUUGAACCCCUCAGAAGUGACAGAGAAAAGGUGAAACGUAGAGGAUCCCCAGGACGCUCACGAGUUAAGCAGGGACGAAGCAAUAGUUUUCCUGGGAAGCGUAGACCUCGAGGUGGUGGUGGAGGUAGAGGACGUGGUGGAAGGUCACGCCUCAAAGCCAUGGCCUCCUGUAUAGAUGCAUUCUUGCUAAGCAUGACCGCCGCAGACACUGGACUUAGUAAAGAGGAAGAUGAGGAGGAAGAUGACACCAUGCAGAACACAGUGGUUCUUUUCUCAAACACUGAUAAGUUUGUCCUGCUACAGGAUAUGUGUGUUGUGUGUGGCAGUUUUGGAAAAGGUCCAGAGGGGCAGUUAUUGGCUUGUGCUCAGUGUGCCCAGUGUUACCAUCCUUACUGUGUGAAUAGCAAAAUCACAAAGACGAUGCUCCGGAAGGGCUGGCGCUGUUUGGAAUGUAUUGUAUGCGAGAUAUGCGGAAAGGCUUCAGACCCCUCUCGACUGCUGCUGUGUGAUGACUGUGAUGUCAGCUAUCACACCUACUGCUUGGACCCACCCCUGCACAAUGUUCCCAAGGGUGGUUGGAAGUGCAAAUGGUGUGUAUGCUGCGUGCAGUGUGGUUCCAACUCACCAGGGUUCCACUGUGAGUGGCAGAACAACUAUACCCACUGUGGCCCCUGUGCCAGCCUCGUCACUUGUCCUGUGUGCAGAGAGAACUUCAUGGAGGAGGAGCUGCUGCUGCAGUGUCAGUACUGCGAUAGAUGGGUCCAUGCUGUCUGUGAAAGUCUGUACACAGAGGAUGAGGUGGAACAAGCUUCUGAUGAGGGCUUUGCAUGCACAUUCUGCACCCCAUAUGUUCCAAAACCUGUGGUAGAGUCAGCCAUUAUGGCAUCCAUAAAGAUCAAAGAGCCAGAACCCCAGUUCUACCGCUUGGAGGGUGUGUGGCUGACAGAGUCGGGUAUGUCCCUGCUUCGGAGCAUCUCCAUGUCUCCCCUGCACAAGAGACGGCAGCGUCGUUCCCGUCUCGGCACUCUGUGUUGUGAAGGAGUUCAUGAUGGAAUGGAUCUGAGGGAGAUUGACGGAGACGGGGAGGACGGAAAAGGUCGGCCCCAUGAAUGUGAAACCAAGAUGGAGAACCCUGGCCCUUACAGGGAAGGUGGUGCUGAAAGGCAUGCAGGAGCAGAGGGGACUGAAGGGAUUGCUGACUGCGACGGCCUGAAAGGAGGAGCAGAAGAGAUGGAGGAUAAAAAGAGAAAGCGGAAACCUUACAGACCCGGCAUCGGAGGCUUCAUGGUGCGCCAAAGGAAGUGUCACACACGGAUGAAGAGAUUCUUUGCCCAGCUGGCUGGAGAGACUACUCUAGAUGGACAGCCAAUAGAGAGAACCAUUGAUGAAGGACCCCAUCCUGACAUUGAUAACAUAAUGGAUCCAAAACCAGUGGAAGGCGAGGAACAGGCCAAGAAACGGCGGGGCCGGAAAAAGAGCAAACUAGAGGACAUGUCAACUUACCUCCAGGAGGCCUUCUUUGGGAAGACUAUAGACUUGAGUAAGAAAGCUGUGAUGACACCCCAAGGGCAGAGGGCGGGCCCAUGCCUGAUCCGACCUUUCGUUACCAGCACUGUCAGGGGUCAGAACUACUGCCCAGAGACUGAGGCCAAGGAUCGUGUGAUGAAAAAUUUUCCUCUCAAGCAAGAGGCGGGUGAGGCCCUCCAGGCUCAGGAAGAAGGUGAAGGAGUUUCCGCACCAUCCUCAUCGCUGAAGGACCAGACAUCCACUGAUCCUCAGGACUCUGAUGCAGAAAAAAGUGAAGGUCUUCCACAAGGGGUGGAGAGUCAGGACUCAGAGCAGUUCUUCAGGAAGGUUUCUGGAGUGUCGGAUGGCUCCUCUUUGGGUGGAAUAAAGCCCAUUUUGGAGGGCAGUAAAGGGAGAACUCGUCGUGCUCUGCCACAGAGAGCUCUCCUCUCAGGGUCCCUGCCCUCAGCUGGAAUGAUGGAUGCUUUUCCUGGUCUUUCUCAGUCACCGUUCUUUGACAUGCGGGACAGAGGAGGACUGUUUAGUCCAGAUGGGGGUGAUGAGAGCCCCUGGGCCACUCCCUCAACCCCAGCAACCCCUUCCUCCCCACCAACCCCCACUGAGGUAGAGGGUGAUGGGCUGUCUUAUAACCAGCGCAGUCUCCAGCGCUGGGAGAAAGAUGAGGAGCUUGGGGAACUCUCAACCAUUUCCCCUGUGCUUUAUGCCAAUACCAACUUUCCAACCCUCAGACAGGACUACCCAGAUUGGGCUAGUCGCUGUAAGCAAAUCAUGAAGAUUUGGAGAAAGGCAGCUGCUGACAAGGUUCCAUAUCUGCAAAAGGCCAAAGACAACCGGGCAGCUCAGAGGAUCAAUAAGGCACAGAAGCAGGCGGAGAGUCAGGUUUGCAGGCCAAUCAAGAUCGAGCCUGGGCGUGUGAAAGGAGAACGGCCCAGCUUACAUCUUCAGAUCCCUCCACCAUCAGGCUCGACAUCAGUUUCCUCCCAGCCCAGCUCUGCAGAGAGCCCAUAUCCCUUCCCUCCAGAUUCAGGAUCAUCCUCUGUCUUUUUCUCAGAUGGACCUGUGAAGACCCCAGGGUCAGCUGAAAUCCGGACAGAUCCCUUGACCAAGCUGCCUCCUCAGUCACCCCGGUCUCAUUCCCACCCAACCACCCCCUUCUCCACUGCUGGGGCCAGCCCCUUGCAGGCCUCUUCCUCAGGUUAUCCCGCUUCCGGCCCACAGGGUCCUCCUCAGGGACGGCCAUCCAGUCUUGGCCCCUUCGACAUGCAACCAGGAACUCCUGGAACCCCCAGACGGGCUCAGCAGGUUGACCCCUAUUUCAGAUCACAGCUUCAGCAGCAACAAAGUCAUCUACCACAAUCACAGCAGGGCUUCUCAGGAGUCCCUAGGACCUCAGAAAGCCCUCAUUCAAGAGGUGCUGGGAUUGGGGAGUCGCCAAUCUUCUCCCCAUCCCACAAUACCCACUAUGGAGACCCGUUCAGAAACCAGCAAGGGAUGGUACGGCCAGAUUAUGGUUCAUCCCCAUCACCGUCUGCACUGGCUUCCUCACCUGCCGGCACAGGGCAGUACAGGACUGAUAUGAGUGCGCCUUCACCACGCGCCUCUUCAGUAGGAAGACCUGACAUAUCCACUGGCUCCCCUGCUGGAAUGCUGGAGUCUGGGGAUGGUUUAUUUAAGGCACCCAUGACACCUCGAAUGCACCAAGGGGAGGGAGGGGCACUUCACCCUGGAGCUUCCCCUAGCCACCCAUCUGAAGGCUACAGGCAGUCUCCCUCCCACCCUUUCUCUGAUGCACAUACUCAGCCAUCCCUAACUCCAAGGCCACAGUCAGGUGACAAUUGUUCUCUUGGGUCCCAAAGACACCCAGGAGGUCAACAAGAGAUGUGCCCCAGAGUGCCCUCCAGCCCUCAGUCCCAGGGCAGCUCUCAGUCUCCUCACACUCCUGGUGGCAUCUCUAAUGAUGGUUACUCUGUCCAGUCUCCUGCAACUCCUCGUUUCCAAUCCCCAGACCCUUGUUCUCAGCCACCUUCAAGGCCACAAUCUAGAGACCCUUUUGCUAAUGUCCACAAACCACCUCGUCCCUCUUCUGCUGCCCCAGAGGGAACUACAAGCUACAAAAGUUCACCUCAUCAUAACCAGCCACCUCCACCUCAUCCUAACAACUCGUCCCUCGGGGAUCCUCUCUCUGGUAAACCUUCAGCACCUCCUACUUUCAGCCGCAGCCCCAGCACAGGAGGCUUCCAAGUAACCCAACAACAGAGUCAGAUGUUACAGGGUCAGCUUCAGCAAUUACAGCAACAGACCCAGCAGACCAUGGGGGCAGACAAUUUCGGCUCCAGGGUGCCACCUCCCUCUGGAUCUCAAGAACUACAAGCUGUUCGCCCACCAGAGGUACCACCUCAGCCAGCUUUGCCGGGCACUCAAGAGAUGCCUGACAUUGCAGCUGUGCAGGACCCUGCAUUAGUCGGCCUCAGCCCUUCUGAGUUGGAGAAGCACAGACAGCGUCAGAGACUGAGGGAAUUCUUAAUCAGGCAACAAAUUCAAAGAAAUUCUAUCAGACAAGAGAAGGAAGCUGCUGCUGCUGCUGGCAGCGCAUCUCCCGGCUGGGCUGGAGGGGAGAUGGGAGCCUUUCAACAAGACAAGGCCCACAGAGCACCACCUCCCUACCCACAGGACCGUGCUGCUGCUGCUGCUGGAGCUCAGGCUUGUGCAGGAAAGAUUCCCAUGGCUGUUGGAGGUAUGGAAGACAAACUUAAUCGCCAACCACCGACUGGACCUCCUGUCAUCAUGGACCCCAGUGCACAAAGGCCACCUGGGCAAAUGAGACCUCAAGGCAUGUUUCCUCGUCCACCGUUCCAUCCACAGUGGCAGGGUCAGGCUCUAGGUCCAAGGAGGUUCCCCCAGCCUGGCAUGGAGGCUAUGGGCAUUAGGCACAAUCUAAACCCUGCUGUCAACAUCCAGGGUAUGGAAGGCAUGACUAACCCCAACAUGAUGCCAGGGCAUGGAGGGGAGACAAUGCAGCCAAUGGGUCAAGGACCUCCACCACAGUUCAUCGAAUUACGACACAACUCACAGAGGCUUCCACUACGACCACAAUUCAUGCCUCGUGGGCCACAGCCCAGACCACGUUUGUUUGUUCCACAGCAAGACAUGACGGCACCAUAUGCCCAGCAACAUCCCAUCGUGCAAACUGGUGGCAUUCAAGCAGAAGGGGGCAGCAACUCACAACUUGGGUUACAGCAAGGUGGACUGUCAAGUAUGCUGCCUCAGCAGUCUACAGGGCCAGUAUCGCAACAGCCCCACCUGCAUCCCCAGACAGCUGCUCCCACUCCGAACAUUCCUGGUACUGAGCGGCAUCAGCUUCCACAGCCCCGCUUAGUCCCAGCGCAGCAGCCUGCCACAGAAGAGAACAGUGAAGAACUGCCAGAGCCAGACCUUGAGGGGCUUGGGGAUGCCCCAGGAGACGGUGGUGUAGAGGAUGAGGAUGAUUUAGCUUUAGAUUUGGACCCUGACAAAGGAGAUGAUGAAUUGGGCAACCUCGACAACCUUGAGACCAAUGAUCCACAUCUGGAUGAUUUGCUUAACAGUGAUGAGUUUGCUCUUGCUUACACUGACCCUGAACUGGACCAAGGAGACCCCAAAGAUGUCUUUCGGAAUCAGCUGCGGUUGGUGGAGGCAGAGAGUGCACCUUCAUCCUCCUCCGGAUCUGUUCCUGUUAAACUGGAAGGCAAAAUCAAGAUAGAGCCAGGGCUGAAGUGUCUCUCAGCCCCUGCCACUGCAGGGGGGGCUGGAACCCAAACAUCAUCGUCUGCAGAAAUGACUGAUCCCUCCAAAGCCAAAGUAGAUGACAGAGCUCAGCUGCAGCCAGGACAGGCUGUGGUGAAAGAUGAAUUUGGGGAAGCCAGGUCCGUGGUUAUUAGAGAGAACACACCAUCAGCCAAGACCGCUCAGGCAGAAAACCAGCCUGCUUCUCUCAGUUCGGUUCGAUUAGGGGGGCUACAGUACCCCCUGCCAGGACCUGAUGCAUUGCCUUUUCCAUCAGCUGCUCCACAUGCAGAUAUUGGCGAUGAUCCGCUGGGACUGCCUGAUGUAGGGGGACAACACUCCCCUGCUGUAGAUUUGGCAAAGGUAGAGAGCUCUUUAGAUGGUGAACUUCCUCUGCUGAUACAAGAUCUGUUGGAGCAUGAGAAAAGGAACAACAGAAAACAGCAACAACAGCAACAGCUCAGUUCUCUCCAUCAAGGAGGCAUGGCGCCCCAUUUUCCUGUCCUUUCAAAUCAACAGCCUAACCCACAAGCACCUGGGCAGAUAAUGCUGCCACAGCACCAUCGUCCACCUCACCAAGGAAUGAUGGCUCAGCCAGGAAUAGUACCUCGUGCUCCCCACAUGAUGCAGCAGCAGCAGCAGCAGCAACAACAAAGGCUUAUGGGAAGUGGAAUGGCACCUCCUCCACAUAUGGCGAUGACUCAGCAGCAAGCAAUGAUUAGGAUGGGGCAGCCAGGGAUUCAUCCAGGUAUCAGUCAUCAACAGCAGCCGCAGCAAAUAGUUAAACAGUCACCACUGGCCAACAAUUUCUUCCCAGAUAAAGAUUUAGACAAAUUUGCCACUGAUGACCUCAUGGAUCCAAUUGCCAAAGCAAAGAUGGUAGCACUCAAGGGUAUCAAAAGGGUGUUGGCACAGGAUCCAAUGGCCGUUCCUUCUGGCAUUAAUAGGCAACAGGUUUCUCUGCUUGCUCAGAGGCUGGCCUCUGCCCCGGGAACAGAUCCAGCUCAACCUGGAUCUGGACCACCAAAGGAGGGAGAAACAAGUGAUCCAACCCAGUCAAGACCCAACCCUCCCCAGUUUGUGCAAGGAAUUAUCAAUGAUGCAGAACAGCACCAAUAUGAAGAGUGGCUUCUUCACACUCAGCAGUUACUCCAGAUGCAGUUGAAAUUUUUGGAGGAGCAGAUUGGGGUUCAUCGCAAAUCACGUAAAGCCCUGUGUGCUAAGCAACGUACUGCAAAGAAGGCUGGCAGGGAGUUUGCUGAGGCCGAUGCAGAGAAACUAAAGUUGGUUACAGAGGAGCAGAGCAAGAUUCAGAAACAGCUUGACCAGGUACGCAAGCAACAGAAGGAGCACACCAAUCUUAUUGCAGAGUACAGGAGCAAGCAACAGCAGCAUCAGCAAGGCUCAGGUCUUCUUCCCCCAGCUCAUCCUGCACAGGUGGGGCCCCCUCAUAUGUUUCCCAAGAUGCCUGGUCAGAUGGUCAUGGGCCAACAGGGAACACCUCUAAUGGGUCAACACCCUGGCAUGAUGCCCCACAGUGGAAUGCCUGUGAGAAUGCCACAAGCACAACCUUUUAUGGGUGGAUCCCAGCCACAGCAUCCUGCAGCCCUUGGAGCCAGUGUUGUAAGGCCCCCAGGUCCACCUGGUGCCCCAGCAGGAUUUUUCCCACAGGGGCCUGGAAUGCAAGGUGCAGAUCCAAGGCUACUUCAUGAGAGACAGCUUCAGCACAGGAUGCAGAUGGCAAAACUCCAACAACAACAACAACAACAACAGCAGCAGCAGGUGAUGAUGGGUCAGCAACCGCUGCCACAUCCAAAUCAGCAGCCUGGCUUAAUCACUCAGCCUCAGCCUGGUAUGGUUCAGAAUCCACUUAUGGCCCAACAACAAGCAAACCCACAACAAGUAAUGCUGACUAGCCAGGCAAAUCAGCAAAGCAUGGGGCAGGUUCCACAAGGAAUGGUUGGAGGUCAGGCUGGAGCUCCACUUCCACAGACUCUUUCAGGGGGACAGCCUAUAAACCAUGCUCAAGGCAUGAUAGCAGCUCAACCAGGUGUUAUGGGGAACCAUCCGGGUGUACCACAGCAACAGAGGCCUCAGAUGAUGAUGGGACAGCAGGGAAUGGUUGGACCUCCAGGUCAUCCUGGCCUCAGGGGUCCUCAGGCUCAAUUGACUCCACAACAACAGAACAUUCUGGCCCAACGCAUGCUUGCAUCUCAACAACAGCAACAACAGCAGCAAAAUGUUGCAAAGAAUUUGGCACACCUGCAGCAGCAGCAGCUGCAGAUGGCACAGCAAAGACAACCAACGCAGUUGAUAAGCCAGUCAAGUCAAGAGCAAGGAGGGCACUCCCAACCCUCCACCCCACAGAUGGGCUCCUCACCUUCAGCUGGCAGUAUGACACCACACAGGGAGCCAUCGGGAGCUACUGACGGCCUAAACUCAGGCUCUAAAGAGGGUGGGAUCCUCAGCCCUAAUUCAAGAACACCACCACAGCAGACCGGACCCUCCACUCCUAAUCAAAUUUCUACAAAUGAUCACCAAAGUGAUGUGAGCAGACAGCAGUUACAACAACAGCAACAGCAGCAUCAGCAGCUAAACCAGGUUAAUAUGGCCCAGCAGCAACCGUCAAAUCCUCAGUCUGUACCUGAGCAACAAACUGGUGUGCACCAGCAGCAGCAAGUUCAGCUCACUCUUCAGAGGCAAGGUUCAAUGAGUGUGGACAAACCUGCUUUGAUAACAAUUAAAGAGGAAGGGAAACCAGUUGAUUUCUUGGCUCUGCAGCAACAACAGCAAAUGGUUCACAAUACUAUGCAGCAGUCACAGGAUCCUAUAAUGCAGCAGCAGAUCCAAGGCCAGAACCACCCUGGUCAGCCUCAGCCUGUUGUUAUGGGUCAUAGUCAACAACAGCAAGCUCUCAUGGCCCAGCAACAGAAACAACAGGCAAUGAUGGGCAUGAUGAGAGCCCAGCAGCAAGGCAUGAUGGUUCAGAGGCCUGGGCUUCCACCUGGACAGAUCCGCACCCCUAUCAACAUCCAAGCCAUUAUUGCCCAAAAUCCCCAGCUCCGCAAUCUCCCCCCUAACCAGCAGAUCCAGCACAUCCAGGCCAUGAUUGCCCAGCGGCAGCUCCAACAGGGACAGAUGCUUCGGAUGUCAAUGGGUCAAAGCCAGCAAAAUCAAUUACGACCUCACAUGCCACCAGGACAGGUGCCACAGGUUGGGCAUCAGAUGCCAGGGAUGGAAGGCCAACAGAUGCCAUAUGGAGCCAUGGUGAAGCCAGGGGCAGUGGUCUCUCAGCAACAGCCAGGCAUGAUGGGCCAGCAACUCGGUGUUGCUCCUCAGAUACAGCAGGGGAUGAUGCUACCUGGGCAACAGCAGCCACAAGCAGGGGAAAUGAUGCAACAUAUGAUGAGGGGCCAGGUACCAGUUCCACCUCCCCAUGUGGACCAGGGACGUAUGAUAAGGCCAACAUCCCCUCGUCAGCCAUUGCCCAACUCUCCAGGGGAUCCACAAAGGCAUGGUUUUAAUCAAACUAUGGGGAUACGUCCACCCACCCCCAAUCAGAACCCACAAGCACUAAUGGCUGCUGCUGGUCGCAUGCAGGGCUCUCCAUCUCAUGCAUACUCUCCAAGAGGUCCCUUUGGCAUGAGCCCAGCCCACCCUGCCUCACCCCAUUCAUCCCAUGUCUCCUCACCCAUAGCUGGUAGGGGUAGUCCAUACAGCCACGUCAAGGCAUCUCCACUCAGGUCACCUGGAGCCAAGAGUCCACUUGACUGUCCAGGACUGAAGCUAGAAGCUCAGACAUCUGGCAUUGAAACAUACCAGACAGCCUCAGGUAUCCCAAAUGGUCCACAGAAAGGCAUGGAUGUUCACCAUCAACCACAGCAUGUCAGAAGUGUUUCAGAGACAGUCUCUCAAGGAGGGGAGCUGUGCAAAAUGACCCUACAGAACAUUAAACAGGAGCCAAGAGAGGUUCAGUGCGACGGUGUGGCUGAGGCUCAUCCUGGGGCUAUAAAGCGAGAAGCAGUGGGUGACACAGUUGCUUCUGGGAACAACACUGGCUUUAUUAAUGCUGGAAACAUAGCAGGAGACUCUGAAAGUCAAGGCCCAAGAUCUGAGACUGGACAGCAACUCCUGCAGAAACUCCUACGGACAAAGAACCUUCAGCUUAGUGCUCAGAGGCCCUCUGAGGGCAUCCACAAUGAGAUCAACGGCCACAUCAACAGCAAGUUAGCAAUGUUGGAGCAGAAACUUCAGGGAACUCCAAGAAACAUGGAGGAUUUACAGUCUAUAACUAAAAGGCCCCCUGCCCAAAAGCCAAGGCGCACUAAUAAGGCAUCUGGAGACCGAGGGAGCAAUGCACGCAAGAAGAAUAAAAAGGAAGAAGUUGGAAAAAGUGCAGAAGCCUUGAUUAAGCAACUUAAACAGGGUCUCUCUCUGCUGCCUCUGAUGGAGCCUUCAAUUACUGCCAGUCUGGAUCUGUUCGCUCCUUUUGGAAGCAGCCCAGCUAACGGCAAAGCCCAGCUGAAAGGAUGUUUUGGAAAUGCAAUGCUGGAUAAUAUCCCAGACUACUACUCUCAGUUACUCACUAAGAGUAAUCUCAGCAACCCACCAACACCCCCAUCCUCGCUGCCACCUACCCCCCCACCUUCAGUACAACACAAGCUGCUGAAUGGAGUGACACCUGGGGAGGAAUUGUCUGAGGGUCCGAAAGACACAGUGCCGGCAGAAGAACCAAUGGAAGAGGUGAAGAGUGUAGACAUUCUAGCAGCGCUCCCCACCCCUCCACAUAACCAGAAUGAGGACAUCAGGAUGGAGAGCGAUGACGAGGAUGCCCCAGAAAGCAUCAUCCCGGCAUCCUCCCCUGAGAGUAACGUAGGAGAUGCAACGCCACGUUUCCCCAACCUACGGGAGCCUAAAGAGGAGGAGACAGAGAGAGCAAUAUCCCCCAUCAUCCCACUCAUACCUCGCACUGCCAUCCCAGCAUUCCCAGAAAACAAACCACUUGAAGGUGUAGACAGCAAAGUGGUUUCUACAUCCAACCACUGGGAGAAGGCCAAAAGCAACGAGGUGUCUGUGACAUUCAUGUUGUCCUCUGCUGCAGCCAAGAAACUGAACCAUGUGAUGAUGACCAUGGCCCAGCUGCUUAACAUCAGGAUGCCAGGUUCUUAUGAAGUGACUUUCCCUCCACAAAACUCUGACAUGUCUGGAGUGGAUGGGACUGGGAAAGGACCUGGACAGUCAGGAGUGCUGUGUACAAAGGACAGUCCUUCACCCAGCCAGGAUGAGUGGCUAAGACAGUUUGACGUGUCUCUCCCAGGCUGUACGCUAAAGAAACAAGUGGACAUUCUGGCACUCAUAAAACAGGAAUUCCCAGUAAAAGAGGACAAACCAGCCCAGCACUGUUACACAACCAAUGUUAGUGACCUGGAUGUGCGGCAUCUACCUGCUAUACCAGUGGAGGAAUCUCCACCUCCAUCACCACUCCCUCCCAAUCCUCCCCCAUCCGACCCAGUUCCAACUACCGAACCUGAACCUUCAAAAAGUCCAGCUUCUCCAUCCCCGGCUAUUUCUAGUCCCACCACUGUCCAGAUAAAGAUUGAGCCUGAACAGAUUGAUGAUCCUCCUACUGAUGCUGCUCCAACUGCUGAUGUCCCUGCUGAUGUCCCUGCUGAUGUCCCUGCUGAUGUUCCUGCUGAUGUCCCAAUUGAGUCUGAUGCUGCUGCUCCACAGUCAGUCACAGAACCAACAACGACCCAUGAAAGUUCAGAUCAAACUGCCUCUACUGAGGAUCAUCAGGAGGUUGUCACAAAGGAGGAGGAAUCAGCCACUGAUCUUGCUCCACCUCCUGAAGAUCCUCACAGCGACAUGGUGUCUUCUCCCAAAGCCAUCAAGCAGCGCAGACCUCUGUCCCCCGAUGAGGAGGUGGUUCAUCCCAAAGUGAAAAAAUGGAAGGGGAUUCGCUGGAAACGUCUUCAGAUUGUCAUCUCAAUAGAAAGGAGGUGUUCUAAGAAAGAGAGCAGCCGCGAGGUGUCUGAGCUGAUGGAACGCCUGCAUACUCUUCGACCAGAUAAGCUGCCUCGGGACAAACGUAAAUGCUGCUUCUGCCACGAGGAAGGUGAUGGAAGCCACAGAUGGCCCGGCAGACUGCUCAACAUUGAUGUGGACUUGUGGGUGCACCUAUGUGCUCUGUGGUCUACAGAAGUAUAUGAAACGCAGGGCGGGGCCUUACAACGUGGAGGGGUAGCCCUUCGUCGUGGAUUGCGGACGGCUUUGCGCAUACUGCAGAAAACGGGUGCCACCAACAGCUGCAACAGACUGCGCUGCCCGAAUGUCUACCACUUUGCAUGUGCCAUCAGAGCACGCUGCAUGUUCUUCAAAGACAAGACCAUGUUGUGCACUCAGCACAAGCUGAAGGGCCCCAGUGAAGACGAACUCAUUACAUUUGCUGUUUUUACGCCGCGGUCAAUUGAGCGUGAUGAGGUGAAGCAGAUUGCCAGCAUACUACAGCGAGGCGACCGGAUCCACCUGUUCCGAGUUGGAGGUCUUAUCUUUCACUCUGUCGGUCAGUUGCUUCCCUCCCAAAUGGCCAACUUCCACUCCCCCACUGCCAUUUUCCCUGUUGGUUACGAGGCAACACGCAUCUAUUGGAGCACACGUGUGCCCAACAAGCGUUGCCGCUAUCGCUGCCGCAUCAGCGAGGAUGAAAGUCGACCCCUGUUUGAGGUGCGAGUUUUGGAGCAAGGAAUGGAGGAUCUGCACUAUCGUGACGGCAAUCCAGAGGGAAUCUGGGAGCGGGUGGUUCAGCAGGUGGCUAAACUCCGAGAUGAAUCAUCCCUGUUGAAGCUGUUCACUGAACAUGUUAAGGGGGAGGAGAUGUAUGGCCUCACAAUUCAUGCUGUCAUGCGCAUCACGAAAAGUUUGCCUGGAGUGGAGAGCUGCCAGAACUACCAGUUCAGAUAUGGUCGCCACCCUCUGAUGGAGCUCCCCCUCAUGAUCAAUCCAACAGGCUCUGCUCGUUCUGAGCCCAAAGUUGCAACACAGUGCAAGAGGCCUCACAUAAAUAGCACCAGUGUGUCAAAGGCCUACCAGAGUACCUUCACUGGAGAGCUCAACACACCAUACAGCAAGCAGUUCGUCCACUCCAAGUCGUCCCAGUAUCGUCGCCUAAAGACAGAGUGGAAGAAUAACGUGUAUCUGGCACGAUCACGAAUUCAGGGCCUGGGUCUGUACGCUGCUAAGGAUCUGGAGAAGCACACCAUGGUCAUUGAGUACAUCGGAACAGUCAUCCGCAAUGAGGUGGCCAAUCGCAGAGAGAAGAUCUAUGAGUCACAGGUCGGUGGCAUCUACAUGUUCCGCAUCAACAAUGACCAGGUGAUCGAUGCCACUCUGACAGGUGGCCCUGCCUCGUUUAUUCUUCUCCUAUCCAGCUACGUCAACCAUUCCUGUGCCCCCAACUGUGUUGCGGAGGUGGUAACAUUUGACAAAGAAGAUAAGAUCAUCAUCAUUUCCAGCCGCAGGAUCCCGAAGGGAGAAGAGCUGACCUACGACUACCAGUUUGAUUUCGAGGAUGAUCAGAACAAGAUACCUUGCCAUUGCGGAGCGUGGAAUUGCCGAAAGUGGAUGAACUAAACUGAAGAAAAGGAAGAAGCGUGAAAAAUUCCCCUCUCACUGGUGCCAGAACACUCUCGCGCCAAAGCCUUUGAAUCCUACAUAGCCAGUGCAUAAGCUGAUCUGAAAAGACGAGGAGGAAGGCUGGCCUCCAUCAUCGAAAAAAAACAGACUCAAAGUGUUGACCACCUGUAGCCAAAGGUUUGAAGAGCAUUAAUAAUAAAAGCAAGCAACCGUCUCCGUCAACAACAACUUGACGGUGGCACUAACUCAUGUUUGGACUCACCCUCUCCUCAGCCAAACCCCAACCCCCCCUCCACCCCCCUCUCGACUGUUCUCCAUAAACUACAGCGGCUGGAAAACAAUCCUCAACAUCUACCAAAUGAUUCUGACCCUCUGAUUUCAAUACUCGACAAAAAGCCAUUUUUAAAAAUACUACGAGUGAACUAAUGAUGCAUUUUUUUAUGUUUAAGUCGGACCUAUAUCCGUGUCCCACCUGACCACAAACCCUCCCCCUCAACCUCCCGGAAAAGGCACUUUCCCAUCACGUCAUCAAUGAAGACACUCGGAUUUUGGCUAGCUAGACAAUCUCGAUGUGGCUCUGUGUAGAACCACAUGUGUCGAUGGAAUGUAAAAAAAAAAAAAAAAAAAAAAAAGAUGUAAGUAAUAUAAAAACUGAAAUGCUAUUGAUCUGUGGCUCCAGAGGCACCAGAAUGUUUGGCUAUGUGGUCCCAUGGCGGGUUAUUGGACCCAGUCUACCUCAUUGUAUUAGCGGAAGUGACUGCUUUGUAUAAAAACUGUUAACUGCUACUGUGGACGGGAGGGGGGGAGAGGGGGGGGUGUUUUUAUUGGCUUAGCCUUCUCGGACAAGCAGGGAAUCUUAAGCAGCGGUUGCUCUAUCUACUCUAUGCUGAUGAUGUUUACAAUAAUGAGCCAACAUAAUUAUUAUUCUUCAUGAAUUGUUUAUACAGAGGAAAUAUAUGACAGUUUUGGAUAAGAUAUUGCAUUAAAAUGCACAUCAGAAGCUUAUAGCGGGUGUCCUGUAUGCCACCAAAUCAUCCUGGAUAUUAAUGUAGCUUUUUUUUGUUCUUUUUAUUUUAUGCUCAGAACCAUGUUGGCUGUGUGAAAGCACAAGAACAUCCACCUUUUUCAGUUGGUGAAAAACAAUAAUGAUGUGAGUGAAUGGCUCAAGCAUCACAGGACAACGUGGUCUUUGAAGAAGACCACGUUGUCCAAAAUCAAACAAAGUACACAUUUUUUGCUUAUCGCUUCAUACAUUGAAGUUCCACUUGUUGAAAAUCAGCAGGUGGAUGCAUGACUACUGUCCCAUGAAAUGCUUUUUACACCCCCCUCCCAACAACUCAAAUCUUUCACAACUCAACCUUGAACUUUCUAAAUCAUGCCUCUUCCUCUCUGUAUUAUUUAGUGGACUGUUGUUAAACUUUACUGUAGUAAGUCUUCCUCUGCCUGAGUACAGCCUGCAGUGUUUCUACUUCCCCCUGUAGUGUGCUUCUUUUCUAGUGCUGGUAUCGUCUCUUCCAGGCUGGACUGAUGGCAGGGAAAGACUUAUUGGAAAAAAGGGCAUUUGUUUCAUUUCUAUGUAAGAUGAAUGAAAAAAAAAAAGUCUUUAAAGGGAGCUUUACUAAGAAACUCCACCUUCCCAUACUACUUAGUUGUUUCCUCCUUCCCCUAACCUAAGACCUCACAUGAUUUAAAAAUGCAAAGGUUGUACAAACUGUAUAUAAGUUAUGCAUUAGGGGGACAGCAACUCUUUAUUCAGCCCCUUUGUAAUCAACAAAGUAAAAGUGUAGAGAGAUGAAAUAGAAAAAAUCAACCACUGGAUAUCAUUUUAACAAAGAUAAAGCUGUAUAUAAAUAUAAAUAUAUGUAAAAUGGCAAACUAAUAUCUUUAUGUAUAUGAACCAGAGUGUUUUGCAUUUACCUGUUUUUCUAUUAGUGUUUUUGCUAUAAGCUCUCAGAGACAAGUUUGUUAAAAUAGCUAUGAGAAAAAUGUCUGGUCUUCUCCAAUCAAGUGCGACGAGAGGCCGAUGUGAUAAAACUUUGGAUUCAUGUGGAGGGUCGUUGAUUAUUAGACAUGGAAUCACUUCUUGAGUACAGCAGUACAAUGGUGCAUAGCAUUUGUAUUUAUGUAAUAUUGUUUGUGUUUAUUUUCUCUUUUUAUUUAUGCUACUGCUUGUUGAUUACCAAAACCUGUCCCUUAAUUGGUCACGAUUGGAUUGAUAUACUCUUGAAUGGAAAAUCUUGAACUCCCUAGACUAUUGUUAGUGUUUUGCUUUUUUAUAUCUUCCCUAUAGAAGUGAAUGUGUUGGUAAACCUUGUGAAAUGGUUACUUGGCCUAAUGUAUGUUAUGAUGUAAUACUCAAAGUUAACCCCAUACUUAACCUGGUAAUGAAUUGCACUCUCAUAGUAUAAUGGAGAUCUUCUCUAAAGUGGUAGAUAUUGAUCAAGUAUCCGAAGCAGUGAUAUAAAUAUAUAUAUAUUUUUUGGUAUGUUUCUAUUUCAAGGGAAGACCAUGAGGAGACAUUAUGCCGCUCACUGGAUAUUAGCCUGAAUAAUUUUUAACUUCUCUGAAUCUUAAUUUAAGUUCUCUGCAUAUCUUAUAAUUUAAUAAAGUUUGCUCAAAAUUGAAGGUUUUUUUUAACCUCACCUACUUUUUAAAAAGAUGUUGCAUCUGUACAGCAGAGAUACUUUUAGGGAAUAUGAAUAAUAAAUAUAAUGAUCAUUUUUAUUGUAUGUGGCAUGUUUUGUAUGGAUAUUAUUUUGAAUUGUACAUAUUUUUUUCAGGACGCAAGAGGUUGCAUCUCUUUAUAUACAGCUUUCCCACUCCCCCUCCCUUUCAUCUUAUUUCUUUGUCUGCUUUUGUUUCUUGUAAAGGAAAAUAAAAUGCAUUUUAAAUAUG